CCAUAACAAUAGCCAGUGACAGACUGACUCUGCUGCCCCCUGUGUUGAGUGUAAAGAAAUUUAAUAAACGAAGUAAUCGUGUAAUAAAUAUACAUACAUAUCUACAUAUAAAUACCUUCUGUAACAACAACAACAACAAAUCACGAUCAUACUUCAUUCUACUACUUUACUCUGUUGAUACAAUUCGUGGUUGUGGAUAUCUUUCUUUUUUUUCUCAUAUAUACUGCAUAUAAAAGAGACAAAUUGUUCAAGAAUUAGAGACAUUAUACGGCUGACCGCCGCCGUCAGUCGUUACAAAAAGGAAGCUAUAGUAAAUUUGAAUUUAUUUAUAUUUUAUUUAAAAUUUCCCUGGGGAGGGAAGAGUGUAUUAUUUUGUAAUAAACAAAAAAAAAAUUAAAAUCUUAAUAUGAAUAAUCUCUAAACAUAAAUUAAAAAAAAAUAACAAAAAAAACUGUGCCAAACAAGAAAACCAAACGCAACAAACCAAAAAAUAUAUAUAUAUUGCUUUUGCAGAUUCGGCAAUUUGCAAAAUACUUAAAAAAAAUAAAUAAUAAGAAACAAAACCAGUGAAAUGUUUUUACCAAAUACACAGCCGCUAAGGCUUUCAGUGUUGCUAUUGUUAUUUAUUUGCUGUGCGCCAACGACCAUAUACGCCCGGACUUUUUUGAGCCAUAAUUCCAUACAGAAACGAGACAAUUAUCAAAACGAAACUGAAGCAUGUGAAAUCUAUUGCCAUGGCGAAUUACUGCACACAGUGCAAAUGGCCCACCUUUUUGCUGAUUCGAAAACAUUUGUUGACAUGAAACUAAAGAAAACUCCACAGGAGACCAUGAACGAUUUCACAGAAUUUAUGACAUCGAAAAAUAAUGAACCUACUAGAGAUGAAAUCAGAGAGUUCGUUGAUCUUCACUUUGAUGAUCUGGGCAAGGAGUUUGUACCCUGGACACCAGUCGAUUGGAAAGAUCACCCCGCAUUCCUUGAUAACAUCAACGAUCCAGAUUUGAAACAAUGGGGUACUGAUUUAAAUCUUAUAUGGAAAGACUUGGGCCGCAAGAUGAUCGACGAUGUGCACAAAAACCCACAUUUCUAUUCCAUUAUACCGGUGAAUAACCCGGUCAUUGUGCCCGGUGGACGCUUUAUUGAAUUCUAUUACUGGGACUCGUAUUGGAUUAUUCGAGGUCUUCUCUAUUCCCAAAUGUACGAUACAGCUCGCGGUAUGUUGGAGAACUUUAUGUCGAUAGUGCAAAGAUUUGGCUUCAUUCCAAAUGGUGGACGUAUUUAUUACGCCCAAAGAUCGCAACCUCCCCUAUUGGCGGCCAUGAUCAAAUCCUAUGUGGACUUCACAAAUGACACUAGUUUUGGCACCAAGGCUUUGGAGGUUUUGGAACAUGAAUUCGAAUAUUGGAUGAACAAUCAUACGACACAAGCUAAAGGACACAAUGUGUGCACCUAUGGCGGCAUUUCACCUGGACCACGACCUGAAUCAUAUCGUGAAGACAUAGAGACAUCUAUGGCAUUUAAAACGGAGGAGGAAAAACAGGAACACUAUGCUGAACUCAAAGCUGGGGCAGAAUCGGGCAUGGACUUUAGUUCGCGUUGGUUCAUCAACGAUAAGGGAGAGCAAGAUGGUGAUUUAACCAAUCUGAAGACAAGGGCUAUAGUACCUGUAGAGUUAAAUGCCAUACUACAUUGGAGUGCCAAAAUUAUAGCAGAGUUUCAUAGAAACGCGGGCAAUGCAACGAAAGCAGAGGAAUAUGAAAAUAAGGCGGCAAAUAUUUUGAAAGCAAUUGAGGCUGUACAUUGGAGUGAAGAAGUCGGUGCUUGGUUGGACUAUGAUUUGACCAACAAUAAACAUCGCAAUUAUUUUGUUCCUACCAAUCUAGCACCACUAUGGACCAUGUCAUAUGAUAAAAACUCAACGGAGCACAUAUCAAAAUUGGUAUUGGACUAUAUUGAAAAAUUAGAAUUGGACAAAUAUCCCGGUGGUGUUCCGAACACUUUAUAUCGCACCGGCGAACAAUGGGAUUUCCCAAAUGUCUGGCCCCCCAUGCAGUAUUUACUUAUCAAGGGUUUGGAGAAUUUAGGUACCAACGAAUCUAAAGAAUUAUCCACCAGAUGGGCUCAUCGUUGGGUAAAAUCCAAUUUCCAGGCAUAUCGUGAAACACAAGCAAUGUUUGAGAAGUACGACGCAGAACGUUUUGGAGGCCAUGGUGGUGGCGGUGAAUACGAGGUGCAAAAAGGUUUUGGCUGGACCAAUGGUGUAAUUAUCGAGUUCCUUAAUCAAUAUGGCAAAGACAUAACAUUGCCAUCUAAAGAAGACAAUGGAGCUAACCUAAAAAUGUGGAGCCUUAUGGGCAUAGCAGCCAUAGCUCUAGUUGCUGUAAUCGUUGGAAGGGUUAUGUGGUGAGUUGUGCCUUUGACAAUCCAUAACCAAUCUUUCGCCCCUUCCCCCUAUCACACUCAGGACCUACAAUCUGCUGUACACAAGGACCUUCCGAAAGCAAAGUGUAGAUUGUAAAUAGCAUAUACAUAAUACUAUCCAGAAGUAUAUGCUAAGCUAUUUGCUUGUAUUGUUAUUUUAUUUUUUAUUUGUUAUUGCAGGAUUUUUAAACCAAAAUUUAUUAUUCAACUUUUGCUUUUUUUUGGCCAGCUAAAAUCAAAUCAAUGCAAAGUUUAAUUUGAAUUGCAUCUUCUAUCUGUAAAAAAACACACAUACACACAAGAUAAUUGCAAGAAAUGCCGUUUGACCUUUUGAAGUGCAGUAUUAUCUACUUCCGGUUUAGUUUCAUUUUGAAAUGUAUUUGUUUUUUGUUUUAUAUUUAGUUUUUUUUUUCAUUCAUAUAAUGACUUUAGUUACAAUUUAGCAUUUAAUAUUACUACUAGUUUUAGUUAGAAUAUUGUGAAUUUAUGAAAAAACAAAACAAGAACUGCACUUUAAUUGAAUUGUAAAUGCUUUAACUAGAUAAGACACAAAGAAACGCAACAAACAAAUAUUGGAAAUGACAAUGAACACUAGACUUGUAAAUAUGUUAUACAAAUUUAAUUGUUUUAAUAAAUUAAAAAAGAAGUGAACAAAAAUGUUUA